ACUGAAUGUAGUGUAAAGCGCUUUGGGGUCCUUAGGGACUGAGGACAGCGCUAUACAAAUACAGGCCAUUUAGUGUUACCACUCAGAAAAUCCGUGUGCCUUCAAGAAACUGGUUUCUAUGAAGCUGAACAAACUGCUCGUGUGCGUGCAUGUUUUAUACAUGUGCUAAAUGUAUUUGUGCAGAUCAUUGUGUGCUUUGGAGAAACAGCAGAGGAUCAACAAAGGUUCAGUUUUAAAUCCAAACAACAUGGAGAAAAACGUUGUGUACUGCCUGCUGUGCAACGAGCCCCAGCUCUCCAUUUCGACUCACCUGAGCAGAGUGUGCCUGAAAGACGGCACAGCACAGGAGAGGGAGCAAGAAGCUUCCAGAGCUACUGCCUCCCAGGAGCUGUUUUCUAGGGAAGGUCGACUCUGGAGCAUCUCGGAGCUGCAGGAGUUUUGCAAGGACGCAACAUCUUGCAUCAAACUCUGCAGUCGCCUUCAGAGUCGUGGCUUUAUCUUCACAGACGCUCCCCAAACCUGGCCAACAGUGCUGCCAACACAGAGGUCUGAUAAGAAGGAAGUCCUCGCCAUGGCCAAAAAGGACAUCGAGUAUUUCCACCAAAAGCUUGCAGGCGGUGAUUGCAUCCCCAACGUUGCCAUGACAACGUUCAGGCAGUACUGCGAGGCCAUCCUGAUGUUACAGCACGGACUGACAUCAAGUGCUGUUCAGGAUUUUUCUGUGCAGGACUGGAUGGAGCGAAGGGAAAGCUUGAGGAUGACCAUCCAGGAAGAAGAACUGUUGGAGUGCUACUUUAAGAACAUCCGCCCAGUGUCCUUACGAAACCAAAGAGCUGGCAGUGAUGAUGGGGACAGGUUCUUCCUGGGAGAAGGUGGGCUCCCUCUGACCAACCCAGGAUUAGAUGUAGGGCGCCUGAGGGCCAGAUACCUGCGCAGCGACACUGAGGAUCCUGCAGCUGGGUCAGCGUCACACUCAGCAGGAGGAGCAGAAACCUCGGGACAGGCCAGGUCCACUUCCACAAAGCGCCUACCUCUCAGAGAAUGGGAUGCCUUCCAGCGGACCUUCCCAGUAACACUAAAUGGAGAGCCACCUUCAAAACGCCGGUGUGUACAGGCUGGUUUUCCAAACUACCGAGCCCACUACCGCAAGUGGAGGGCGCUUCAGCUUAAGCAGAGAGUUCAGCACAUCCUCGGGUGUGUCAGAAGAGGCAACGCCCCUCAGCGUGCAAGAGUACAGAUGGCAUUAGAUAAGGAGACCUGGUUCACCAACAAGCCCACUGUUGAUGCCGUCCUACAGGCCUGGGUUGCUCCACAGCCCAGGAUCCAGGACAGCCAGUCCCUCAUGUCCUCGAUUUCAGAGCACAAAUGGAAGGGCCUGGCUUUGAAGGACUUUAGGGAGGAAAAGGGCAAAGGUGUGAUCGGCCUGAUGCCCUUCAACAAAGGAGACGUCGUCUGCGACGUGCAUCACCAAAGCUGCAGGGAAUCGGAGGCGGCAGUCGGGGUCUCUCUUCUUCUACAAGGACGAGUGCCACAGGGCUAA